AUGCAGCGCGCAUUGUCUUCCCGGACCCGAGCUUCGGCUCUCUCUGCCGCUUCCAGAUACCGAGCUGGAGCUGGUCUCGGCCAGCAGCUGCGCUUCGCCCACAAGGAGCUCAAGUUCGGUGUCGAGGGCCGUGCUGCCCUCCUCGCUGGUGUUGACACUCUCGCCAAGGCUGUUGCCACCACUCUGGGACCCAAGGGCCGAAAUGUCUUGAUUGAGUCAAGCUUCGGCUCCCCCAAGAUCACCAAGGACGGUGUCACCGUUGCCAAGUCCAUCGUUCUCAAGGACAAGUUCGAGAACCUCGGUGCCCGUCUUCUCCAGGACGUCGCCUCCAAGACCAACGAAGUUGCCGGUGACGGUACCACCACUGCCACCGUCCUCGGCCGUGCCAUUUUCUCCGAGACUGUCAAGAACGUUGCCGCCGGUUGCAACCCCAUGGACCUGCGCCGUGGUAUCCAGGCUGCUGUCGACGCUGUCGUCGAGUUUCUCCAGAACAACAAGCGUGACAUCACCACCAGCGAGGAGAUCGCUCAGGUUGCUACCAUCAGUGCCAAUGGCGACCACUACCUCGGCAAGAUGAUAGCCAAUGCCAUGGAGAAGGUCGGCAAGGAGGGUGUCAUCACCGUCAAGGAGGGCAAGACUAUGCAGGAUGAGCUCGAGGUCACUGAGGGUAUGCGAUUCGACCGUGGAUUCGUCUCUCCCUACUUCAUCACCGACACCAAGUCCCAGAAGGUCGAGUUUGAGAACCCUCUGAUUCUCCUCUCUGAGAAGAAGAUCUCCGCUGUCCAGGACAUCAUCCCUGCCCUCGAGGCCUCUACCCAGCAGCGACGCCCUCUUGUCAUCAUUGCUGAGGACAUUGACGGUGAGGCUCUUGCCGUCUGUAUUCUCAACAAGCUCCGUGGUCAGCUCCAGGUCGCUGCCGUCAAGGCCCCCGGCUUCGGUGACAACCGCAAGUCCAUCCUCGGCGAUCUCGCUGUCCUGACCAACGGUACCGUCUUCUCCGAUGAGCUCGACAUCAAGCUCGAGAAGGCUACCCCUGAUCUGCUCGGUACCACUGGUUCCAUCACCAUCACCAAGGAGGACACCAUUCUCCUCAACGGUGAGGGUAGCAAGGACGCCAUUGCUCAGCGAUGCGAGCAGAUCCGCGGUGUCAUCGCCGAUCCUACCACCUCCGAGUACGAGAAGGAGAAGCUCCAGGAGCGUCUGGCCAAGCUCUCCGGCGGUGUUGCCGUCAUCAAGGUCGGUGGUUCCUCCGAGGUCGAGGUUGGUGAGAAGAAGGAUCGCUUCGUCGAUGCUCUGAACGCUACCCGCGCCGCCGUUGAGGAGGGUAUCCUGCCCGGUGGUGGUACUGCCUUCCUCAAGGCCUCCGCCCAGGCUCUGAACGGCCUCAAGCCCGCCAACUUCGACCAGCAGCUUGGUAUCGGUAUCAUCAAGAGCGCCAUUACCCGCCCUGCUCGUGCCAUCAUUGAGAACGCUGGCCUCGAGAGCUCCGUCAUUGUUGGCAAGCUGACUGACGAGCACGCUAGCGACUUCAACAAGGGUUUCGACGCCUCCAAGGGCGAGUACGUUGACAUGAUCUCCGCCGGUAUCCUGGAUCCCUUCAAGGUCGUCCGCACUGGUCUCAUUGACGCCAGUGGUGUCGCCUCUCUCCUCGGAACUACCGAGGUUGCCAUCGUCGAGGCCCCCGAAGACAAGCCUGCUGGUCCUCCUAUGGGCGGCAUGGGAGGCAUGGGUGGCAUGGGCGGUAUGGGCGGUAUGAUGUAA